AUGCUUAAAACAUCAGUCAAAUCAUCAGUCCCACUCCACAAGAACUCACAGAACGAAAACAGCUAUGCUCAAUCUUCCAAUUUCCUGGAAAUCUCGUAUCAGUCAACCCUUUCACAAAGAGCCAAAGACGGAUUAACAACUUACUGCUCAUAUCAACAAUAUGUUCAACUGCACGACUACUGGCUGCACAUAGCGCUGCCCGAACCAUUGGAUUUCUCGAAAUUUAUGCAGACACAGCACAAAAUAUUAACAGCAAUAGCGGAAGACUCUAUUCAUAACACUUCAAAAUGCGUAUACCCAGAACGACAAGAAAAUAUAACAGAUCUUUUGGAAAAAUCACAAACAAACUGCAUGCAAUGA